CUGAUGACCCUGGGGAUCUUGGCCUUAGUGACGUCCACUGGUUGUGCCUCGGCCAAUGCCCUGCAGUCCCUGACGGAUGCCAUGCACAUCCCCCACCUCUUUGUCCAGCGCAACACGGGAGGCUCUCCGCGCACAGCCUGCCACCUCAACCCCAGCCUGGAGGAGGAGGAGUACACGCUGGCCGCCCGGCCGCCGGUCCGCCUCAAUGAUGUUAUGCUGAAACUGGUCACUGAGCUGCGGUGGCAGAAAUUCAUAGUAUUUUAUGACAGCGAUUACGAUAUACGAGGACUGCAGGGAUUUCUCGAUCAGGCCUCAAGACUGGGACUUGAUGUAUCAUUACAAAAAGUGGACAGGAACAUCAGCAGAGUCUUUGCCAACCUUUUCACUACCAUGAAACUCCUGAGCCCACGGGGAGCCCAGACUUUUAUUAAUGAGGCUGUGGAAACCAACCUUGCAUCAAAGGAUAGUCACUGGGUCUAUGUAAAUGAGGAAAUCACUGAUAAUGAAAUAUUAGAGUUGGUACAUAGUGCUCUGGGGAGGAUGACAGUUAUCCGGCAAAUUUUCCCCCUCUCAAGGGACAACAAUCAGAGAUGUAUGAGGAACAAUCACCGAAUAUCAUCACUGCUGUGCGAUCCACAAGAAGGCUAUCUUCAGAUGUUGCAGGUUUCCAACCUGUACCUGUAUGACAGUGUGCUCAUGCUGGCCAAUGCUUUCCACAGAAAACUGGAGGACAGGAAAUGGCACAGCAUGGCAAGUCUGAACUGCAUGAGGAAAUCCACCAAGCCUUGGAAUGGAGGACGAUCCAUGCUAGAGACUAUUAAGAAGGGCCAUAUAACUGGGCUUACUGGUGUUAUGGAGUUCAGAGAAGAUGGCGCCAACCCCUAUGUUCAAUUUGAAAUACUGGGCACUAGCUACAGCGAAACAUUUGGCAAAGAUGUGCGGAGGUUGGCAACGUGGGACUCUGAGAAAGGACUGAAUGGUAGUCUACAAGAACGACGUCUGGGCAAUGACUUACAAGGACUAACACUCAAAGUGGUGACUGUCUUGGAAGAACCUUUUGUGAUGGUGGCGGAGAACAUACUUGGUCAACCAAAACGAUAUAAAGGAUUUUCCAUUGAUGUCCUGGAUGCGCUUGCCAAGAAUCUGGGCUUCAAGUAUGAGAUAUAUCAAGCUCCUGAUGGCAAAUAUGGACACCAGCUUCAAAACAGCUCCUGGAAUGGCAUGAUUGGAGAACUCAUUAACAAGAGAGCAGACCUAGCCAUCUCAGCCAUCACUAUAACACCAGAACGAGAGAGUGUUGUGGACUUCAGCAAGCGAUACAUGGACUAUUCCGUUGGGAUCUUAAUCAAAAAGCCUGAAGAAAAAAUCAACAUCUUCUCUCUCUUUGCUCCUUUUGACUUUGCGGUGUGGGCUUGCAUUGCUGCAGCCAUCCCUAUAGUCGGUGUCCUGAUCUUUGUCUUGAACCGCAUCCAGGCAGUCCGGGCACAGAACGCUUCCCAGCCAAGCCCUUCUGCUUCCUCCACCCUCCACAGUGCCAUCUGGGUCGUGUACGGCGCCUUUGUUCAGCAAGGAGGUGAAUCUACUGUCAAUUCUGUGGCUAUGCGCAUUGUAAUGGGAAGCUGGUGGCUCUUCACUCUCAUCGUGUGCUCUUCCUACACUGCAAACUUAGCAGCAUUUCUCACUGUAUCGAGAAUGGAUAAUCCUAUAAGAACAUUUCAGGAUCUGUCCAAACAAAUGGAUAUAUCUUACGGUACGGUCAGGGAUUCAGCAGUGUACGAAUACUUUAAAGCAAAAGGAACAAACCCUUUGGAGCAGGAUAACACAUUUGCUGAACUGUGGAGGACUAUCAGUAAGAAUAAUGGGGCAGACAAUUGUGUAUCAAACCCUUCUGAAGGCAUUAGGAAGGCAAAGAAAGGAAACUAUGCUUUCCUGUGGGAUGUGACGGUGGUGGAAUAUGCUGCGCUGACAGAUGAUGAAUGCUCUGUGACAGUCAUUGGAAACAGCAUCAGCAGCAAAGGAUAUGGGAUAGCACUCCAGCAUGGAAGCCCCUACAGGGAUCUCUUCUCCCAGAGGAUCUUAGAGUUGCAAGAAAGCGGAGAUUUGGAUGUACUUAAGCAGAAAUGGUGGCCGCGGAUGGGACGUUGUGACCUGAAUAGCCAUACCAAUGCACAGACAGAUGGGAAGGCACUCAAGCUUCACAGUUUUGCAGGCGUUUUCUGCAUUUUAGCAAUAGGCCUUCUUCUUGCAUGUUUGGUGGCAGCAUUGGAGUUGUGGUGGAACAGCAACCGUUGUCAUCAAGAAACACCGAAAGAGGACAAAGAAGUGAACUUGGAACAGGUCCACAGACGCAUGAACAGUUUAAUUGAUGAAGACAUAGCCCACAAGCAAAUCUCUCCAGCGUCCAUUGAAAUCUCAGCAUUGGAGAUUGGUGGCAUGCAACCAACUCAGACCCUGGAGCCGGUACGCGAAUACCAGAACACGCAACUUUCUGUCACCACCUUUUUACCAGAACAGACAACUCAUGGUGCCAGCAGGACACUCACAGCUGCCUCCGGCAGCAACCUGCCGCUGCCCCUGAGCAGCUCAGCUACCAUGCCCUCCAUACAGUGUAAACACAGGUCACCAAAUGGAGGACUAUUUCGUCAGAGUCCCGUGAAAACCCCGAUCCCAAUGUCAUUUCAGUCUGUGCCAGGGGGAGUCAUUGCAGAAGCAAUGGAGCCCUCGCAUGGAACAUCCAUAUGA